ACUCUGCGCCGCCCGCGGAGGCCACUCUUUGCGGAGAGCCUCUGGAGGGGUCCUGGUGUGGGAAUGUAGGUGUCCAUGGCGGACGCCUGGAUGCCUCGGAAUUGGAUGAAGUCGAAGUCCUUCCCAGAGCCGAAAAGUUAUUUUUUGAAGGCCACGCCCUUAAUUCUAAGGUUUGAUUGCGCUAGUGUUUGGUUGUUAAGUCUGCAUUUAAAAAGAAUGAACGUCAAGGGGUUAAGGCAUAUCUACGGACGCCCCGAUAUUGGCGGCCUGGCGAGGUCCACAGCGUGGGCCGUCCAAGUCACGGGGUGAACCCGGGGACAUGUGACACGGGGGACGGGAUGGCGGGGCGGGACCACACUGGGAAUCCGGAACCCCAGUUCUGAAUUUUCUUUCGCCCAGGUCUCCGCUGCUUUCUGGUUCUCAAACCUAGGCGCACUGGAGCUAGGAGCUCAGUGCAGCGACAGACGGCGCAGACCUGGCGCUGGCCGGCGGCCCUCAGCCGCCUGCCGAUCCUCUUCCCUUUCCAGGCUUCCCGUCUCAUCAUGGCGAGAUUCUGGGUCUGCGUAGCCGGCGCUGGCUUCUUCCUUGCAUUUCUGGUUUUGCAUUUGCGUUUGUGUGCCUCUCGGCUCCCGUUACAUCUUCACUUGGCUUUUAAAAUUUCGUGGAGAGCUGAGGAAAUCCUUUACCGGAUGGAUGUGGAUUGGCCUAAGUAUUCAGAAUACUUUACUGGAGCAACAUUUUGUGUUGCCGUGGACUCCCACAACGGAUUGGUUUAUGUAGCCCAAAGAGGGGAUAACAUCCCAAAGGUAUUAGUGUUCACAGAGGAUGGAUAUUUCCUGCGAGCCUGGAAUUAUACAGUUGACACACCUCAUGGUAUGUUUGCAGUCAGUACACCACAUGAACAAUCCGUCUGGAUCACGGAUGUGGGAAGUGGACUCUACGGUCAUACUGUUAAAAAAUACAAUUCCUUUGGUGACCUUGUUCAAGUUUUGGGUACCCCAGGCAAAAAAGGCACUGGUUUGAAUCCCCUGCAGUUUGAUAACCCGGCAGAAUUAUACGUAGAAGACACAGGAGAUAUUUACAUUGUGGAUGGAGAUGGAGGAUUGAAUAACAGGUUGAUCAAAUUGUCCCAAGAUUUCAUGAUCCUUUGGCUACAUGGAGAAAAUGGGACAGGGCCUACUAAGUUCAACAUACCCCACAGUGUUACAGUUGAUGCCGUUGGUCGGGUGUGGGUGGCUGACCGAGGUAAUAAAAGAAUUCAAGUGUUUGAUAAAGACACGGGGGAGUGGUUAGGAGCGUGGAGCAGUUGUUUCUCAGAAGAGGGACCUUCUGCAGUCAGGUUUACUCCCGACGGGAAGCACUUGAUCGUGGCGCAGCUGAAUCUGAGCCGGCUCCUAAUCGUGGCGGCGCCCCCAGUGGGCGGCAUUGGUGACUGUUCUGUGAUCAGCACCAUCCAGCUAGCAGACCAGGUCUCGCCUCACCUCUUGGACGUCAGCGGGAAGACUGGAGCCGUCUACGUAGCAGAAAUUGGAGCAAAACAAGUACAAAAAUAUGUCCCCAUGAGUAGCUAUUUCUCUUCAUUUGGUUCGUAAUCGUGUCUUUUCCUGGGGAUCUUUCAAGUGGAAGUUUAGAUUCUCAAGUUCAUCGUUAGAUGCUCUGAAAUAAUGUUCAGGCACAAGGAUUUGUUUAUGUUUACCUGGCCUGGUGUCAGAAAGAUAUGUUUUUAUCUUAUGACUAUGAAUAUGAAUUAUGAAUGUUUUUAUCUUAUGAAUUAUGAAUCAUUUGAGCAUUCCUGUGACUUCAUUUCAUGCAUGAGUGCAUAAGGAUAUUUUAAUGAAAGAAAUGUAACUCUAAUGAGAAAUGGGCUGGGAAAGAGGGACUGAGGUAAUUUGCCCUGUAGACGCAUUCUCCCUGAGGGGGAGAACACAGGAAUAGAAAUGGGUUUCAGGAUAAUUUAUUGAAUUUCAUAUAAACCACACAAACCUUCACUUCACUCACUUUGUAAAAAAGUAACUGCUUGAGAGAUGGGGUGAGAUGGGGUCUUGAUGAAUGAGAAGCCACAGGGCGCCAGGUCAUGAAGAUUGAGGAAUGAGGAGGCAGGGUUGUCUGUGUGCCUUUGAGCGGCGUAUAGUCCACACAACACGGCGACAGCAACGCACCAGUGCGGUAGGACUUUCAGAAGGAGGAGUGUUAUGUCUGAAUUGUGGAGACGUUGCAGGGGAGUCACUUUGAGCUCCAGCUUGAAAAACUGAGGAGGAGAAAAUGACAUGGUCCAAGUAGAGAAAUUACGCAAAGUUGCACACUUGUUGUGAAUGUCAGUAGGCUUUCUUUUAAAGGCCCAACUUGGCAUUGGUCCUUCAAUUGUAAGAUACUUAAUCUCAGCCUUUAAUUGUAGGAAUAAAAGGGCUAGCGUCGAAGCACUUUACCGAAUGGGAGUUUUAUAAAUAACUGGAAUAUUUUUUAAAGGUAGCGUAAAAAUAGGUCCUCUCCUUAGUGCUUCCUUCCUUUUCUCUCUUCCUUUCUUUCUUUCUCUCUCUCUCUCUUCCUUCCUUCCUUCCUUUCUGUGAACUCUGUUCAUUCCUAACAUUUGUCUACCUCAAAGAAGUUUUAGAAUUAUAUGAGAGUGUGCCAAACACUUGGAGCUAUUAAGAUGAAUAAUUUCCUACCUUUCUAUUUCUACAUCUCUUUUUUACCUCUUUGGUCUGAAUAUUGGCCUCCCAAUUAAUACCAUUUGUUCAGUUUGUUCCAGUGUAUUCUCAGGUUUGAAGGAACCUUGCCAUGUUUCAGUCUUUCAGAUCAUUCUCUGCCUUUUCUCAUAUCAGCCUCCCUCUUUAUCCCAGUGUUUUACUGUAAAUUGUGCAGCAAGUGAGAAGCCUUGAGCUGCCUGCCCUCAUCACCUGUUAUGAUGGGAGUCUGUUUUCCAGACCUCAAGGAACUCACACUUUUAUCAUAUUUUGAUGCCAUUAGGAAGGUAGAUCUACCAACGGGAAACUCUAUCCUGUGUUCCAAGGCCAUUGGUAAGUGUUUGUGCCACCGAUCAAGCUGUGUGAUCUCAGUAAGUUGCCUUAGUUUUCUCUUCAGUAAAAUGGGAGCAUCGUCACCUUUCUGCCUUCAGGAAGGCUGUGAGGAUCAGAUGUGCACUAGGUUCAGAUGUGCACUAGGUACAGAUGUGCCUGUUGAAGUCUGUAGCUCCAAGUACGUUAAAGGCACCUUAUUAGCAAACGUCCUGCUAAAUGUGCUAUUUACCUGAUACCAGCUAUCAGUUUUGCCUUAAUUUUGCGUUUAUUGCUUCUUUUCAAAAUGUAUUUCAUAAACUUUAUGCAGUUUAGCCAGAUCAACUUGGGUGAAAGGAAGUAAUUUGAGGUUUUGUUUUGUUUUCAAGCCAGGACAAGAAGUGCAAAUGUCUCUUUGAAGGAAUAUAGGUUAGAUUUUGUCAUUUCAAAAAUGUUGUAUUUAACUUUGUUUUAUAACAGAUUCUUAUAAAACUUGCUGAACGUAUUGUUUCCGUGUGUCUCGCUAAAAGUGUUUAUUGUAUUAGCAUACUUGUAAUCAUGGUAUUUCACUUUUUUCCUUUGGAUUAAUUGGUUAAAUUAAUUGAAUGAGAAGUGUGUUCUAUUUUCUAUUCAGAAAUAAAAAUAAAA